AAAAUCAGAAAUGUCAAAAUGGCGUCAACGCAGGACGCUUGGUAUAUUUCUUUACUUGGUUUAGCGGAACAUUUCCGCACAUCAAACCCUCCUGACAUAAAAAGUUGUAUCCAGUGUUUGCAAGCCGUAUUAAAUUUCAAACCGCCGCAAAGGGUUGAGGCCCGAACCCAUUUACAGCUCGGCAAUAUCCUCUUGACACACACGAAAAACAUCGACUUGGCGAGAACGCAUUUAGAGAAGAGCUGGUUGAUGUCCCAGAGUAUCAACGGCUUCGAUGAUGUGAAGUUCGAGGCGGCCAGUGUCCUCGCGGAGUUGUUCGAGCAGCAAGGAGCCCCGACUCAUUCCAAACCCAUCCUGCGGAAAGCCAUUGAACUCUCACAGCACAGUGUAUACUGGCAUUGCAGGCUUAUAUUCCAAUUGGCGCAAAUCCAUGCAACAGAGAGAGAAUAUGAAGUGGCAAGCAGUCUCCUCGGCGUGGGCGUGGACUACGCUCAGAUCUCCAAUGCAGCAUAUACCAGAGUUCUAUUCCUGCUCAGCAGGGUGAUGUUGCUGCUCAUAGACAAGAAGAUACAAGAAGUGGGUCCCCUGCUGAACCAGGCAGGACACUUGGUGGACACAUGGACCGGCAGCCCACACCAGAAGGAGUACCUGAAAGUGUUCUUCCUAGUUCUACAGGUAUGCCACUACCUGAUGGCGGGGCAGGUGAAGAGCGUGAAGUCGUGUCUGAAGCAGCUGCAGCAGAGCAUACAGACCAUCAUGGCGCCCACCUGGCCCGACGACGACGCGGUGUGCGGCGGCGGGUCCGGCGGCGAGUCGUUCGUGUGGCUGUCCCGCCAGCAGGUGUAUGUGCUGGUGUACCUGGUCACCGUCAUGCACUCCGCGCAGGCCGGCUACAUGGACAAGGCGCACAAGUACACUGAGAAGGCGCUCGCGCAGAUCGAUAAGCUUACUUCGUCGGGCUGCUCGACGGGCGGCGGCAGCGUGCAGCAGGCGCUGGCGUGGCGCCUGCGCAUGACGCUGGUGGAGCACGCGGCGCUGUGCCGCCUCGUGGCCGGCGGCAAGGCGCAGGCGCUCGCCGAGAUAGCCCGCGCCGCGCACCUGCUCUCUGUCGCGCCCACACCUGCAUCAGCGGCGGCGCACACACCCCAACUCCACUGCCUGCUGGGGCUGUACGCCAUGUGCAUGAACUGCAUGGAGGCCGCCGAGGCGCAGUUCCUGCACGCCAUACAGAUGUCCCAGGAGCGCGACCUGUGGAUGUUCGCGAAGCUGAACCUCGCCAUCGUGUACCUGCGCGGCCGCCGCGACGCCGACCUCGCCGUGCUCAUGGAACAGGUGCGUCCAGAAGCGCUCCCUGCCUACGCGCACGGGCUGCGCGCCGCGUCGUACUACGUGCUGGGGCUGCAGGCCUUCUUCCAGGCCAGAUACAACGAGGCCAAACGGUAUCUCCGAGAAACACUCAAGAUGGCGAACGCCGAGGACCUGAACCGGCUCACGUCCUGCUCGCUGGUGCUGCUCGGGCACAUCUUCCUGUCCAUCAACAACUCGCGCGAGAGCAUGAACAUGGUGACGCCGGCCAUGCAGCUCGCCAGCAAGAUCCCCGACGUGCACGUGCAGCUGUGGGCCAGCGCCAUCUUGAAAGACUUAUACCGGCUGGCGGGCGACACGGAGCGAGAGAACGAGGCGUACCAGAUGCACUGCAACUUCUCGCAAGCCCUGCUCCGGGACCACUUCAGCGCGACCCAGAUGCCGCAACACGCGCUCAUCCAGUGGACCGCCGGCGCGCCGCCCGCGCUGCCCGCGCCGCCGCCCGCCAACACCUAGUGAUAGUGCAGUGACGGACAGUGAUAGUGUGAUUGUUGUAGUGGAUAGUGAGAAGAUGGUUAAUGUGUCUGGGCCGUUGGUGUACAGAUUAGCGAUCUGAAAGUCUUGACGGUGGAUUUUGUUUCGCUCGGGAAAAUGCAGCCUGUAUAAUUAGUACAAGUGCUAUACCUCUACCACGUCAUGGCUGGUCUUGCUAUGAAAAGCUGUAUGUUCUGCCAUCAGUUCUGAUAGUAGAUGGGAAGCAUUGACAAACUGGUGAAGAGAAGUACCAAUUUUCGGUCUACCAUGUUCCUACAAAAAUCCAUGUGAGUUUCUAAAUCAUACUCAGAACUCCACCAGUGUAAAAGUACAACACCAGUGAUGGCGGCCUAAAGCAAUCAAAGACAUUCUCAGAUGGACUGGAAAUUCCACAGUGACUUAAAUACUGAGAUUUACAUUAGUUCUAGUACUAUGUGUAAUAUUUAUGUUCUCUAGUAAACAAUACUUCGGUAAUGAACAAUCAAUGUUAAAUCUAAUACUUUUACGAAAUAUAUUGUUUACAAGUGAACACAUAGCCUUAUUUUACUGGGUAAGGUUGAUAUGUAUGAGUCGGUUCUGAGUGCAGACCUGCUAUUGUGUAAAUUGUAUGUAUGUUUGUUAUGAUGGGAGCAAUGUUCGUAUGCUUUCCGUUACUGUCAGUAGCAAUAUUAUAGUGUAUUUUGAAAUGCAAGACUGAUGCUUAUGAUAUCUAAAAAUUAUAGCAAAAAAAGGAAGGCGUAUCAAAACAUCAAAUCAGUUUGCAUUUCAAUUUACAAAAAUACUUAGUGUUUAAAUACCGGAUAGGGCUGAUGGGGGUUUACUUAGCAAUAUCAAUUGUAAAUGACUUUCAGUGAAGCCUCCUAUUCUAUAUUCUAUAUUCACGAUGCUGGCGAUGAAAUAUUGGAUCUUCGCGAAUUUGAACUUUUGACUGGUUGUCAUAAGGGUGACAAUAAAAUCAUAUCAGACAGUGAGAGGGAAAUACAAAUUGAUUUAACUAAAAUGAAUUAUAAAGUGAGUGUAUACAUGGCAACUUUUAUGUUUGUAAUGAAACAUGAUGAAAAUGAAAUUGGUUUUCAUUGACAUUGAUUUGUUGUGCAACACCAUUGAGAAGUUUUUCCUAAUCAGAAACUGGGCCAAAAGUGUUAAAUUGUCAUACAUAACUUACAAAAAUUUACCGAUCUCAGUAUAAGUUAGCGCCUGUUUGACAAUACAGUUAUAUCAUAAUAGUGAAAUCGUUUGCAGUGCGCGUGUAUUUGAAAAUAAUGGUAUCUCAUGCUGUCCUAAAAGUCCUUAUGACUGCGGUUAGAAAGAUGAAACUUUGGCAGCUCUGUGGUAUAUUAUGGCGCUAGUUAUAUUUAUGUAUUAUAGUUGGUGAUUGAUGAACCAAGUUAUUCUACCGAAAAAAAUAGUUUUGGAGCACUUCUGCGAUAACUACGACUAUCUUGUUGCAUUCAACAGCUUGCUUGUCAAGUUAGAAUAACCCUCGUGGGAAUUCAAGAAAUUGUAGUUAAUUUUGCGUUGCGUUCCUCAUUAUUAUAGUAACUGAGGUUAAACUAGGACUAGAUGCGGGAUAUGGGAAUUUCUAAUGAAUAGAAAUAGAUGUGCAGGUUGUAGGCGGACCGAGAUCGAGCAUAAUACCAUGUCUUCUUGUGCACAACUGAAUAUUAUUCACUAUGAUAACUUCACAUUUUACAUGGACUGAUAAAUAUUGUAUAUAAAUGUGUCAGAUAUUGAUAUUGAACUUGUGUAAUGAACAAAAUUGUCUCAUAUUUAUUAUUAUUAUUUUUUACUAUUAUUUCCUUUGUCAGUUGUUAGUUGGUUGUUGACGAUUUGCUAUAGGCAUCACAGUUAAUGUUGCUAUUCAUUGAAUGUACUUUUCUUGUUUCGGACAUAAAUGGUGGUAUUAAUGUGGUCUCAAUUCUCGUGCUCAUUAUCAGUAAACCACCGAGUGAGCUCAGGAAUUAUUCCACAUCUCUCGCCCCCUUCUAUAUUUUCUUUUAGGAAAAGUAGUUUGGCAGGUUUAUUAUAUUUCAUCAAGACAUUUAUGCUCAGUUGUAUGAAAUAAGUCAGCUUGCUGUAACCUUAUGCUUACAAACUGAAAAACUGA